UGGGGCAAAAGCAGCUGCGGGUCGGGACAGGCACAGGAGCCGGGGAGCUGCUCAGACCCGGGCACGUAAAUCAACCCGUGCCGAACCCUCCCUCCCCAAAACACCUUCUGCCUGCCUUUACAACCUCCUUCCUUCGCAAGCAAAGCAAAACUUUCGGCCUCUGGGAAGCUGCGGCGCAAUGCAAGCAGCGACCUGUCGGCAGAGCUGAGCUGCGGAGAGCAGAACCGGCAAUUACCGAGGGCAAGGCCGGGCUCGGGGCUCCGCUGUCAGCCAGCAGCUAUGCUGCAGAACAGGAUGCCGGAUUAAGGAUCUCCUAUCGGCCGAGCCGUGCCCGGGACAGCAGGGGACAGCAGCGAAGGGAAGGAGCUGGGUGGCACCGGCAGAGCCGGCCCAGCUCACGCCCAGCGCUCCGGGUUUGGGGGUUCAGCAGCGCUGGGGCAGCAGGAAAAGCGCCGGGCAGGGCUGCAGGAUGAGCUGCACCCGGGCUGGGCGCAGGUGAGGGGCCAGGGAUCGCCUGGCAGGACGGACCUGCCCAGCACUCCGCCUUAUCUGCGGCGGAGCGCGGUUAAUGUGUAACCCGGCCGUGUUUGGUUAGCCCAGAAAAGUAAAGAAGUCCUGGGAUAGGCACGGCCGGGACGAGGAAUUUGCCAGCACGGAACGACGGACAGCCCGCCAGGACAUUCCUGCCGUGCCAGCCUCCAGGGCAGCCCAGGCUAUGCCCAGGAAGGAGCUGGGGAUGGCUGGCUGCAACUCUGGCAGCUGUGACAGCAUGGUCAGCACAGCCUCCAACCACUCCCAGCGGAGUGACAACAGCUAUGACUAUUUAUCUGUGGAAGAGAAGGAGUGUUUGAUGUUCCUGGAGGAAACCAUUGGCUCACUGGAUGCAGAGGGGGACAGUGGGGUGUCCACAGACGACACCGACUACGGGGAGCCCUCCAAGCCCAGGAGAGGCCCUGUGCCCCGGGAUCUGGGGAACAACACUCCCCCUGCAAGCAGAGCCCAGCAGCAUGGGGCUGAACAGAGGAGUGGCAAAAUCAUCCCUGCCCCUUCCAGCUCAGCCCCAGCAGCUGCUCCAGGCCCAAGGAACAUCCCUGCAGCAAAUGGAGAUUCUGGCAGACAAGGAGGUGUCCCCACGGUGCCAGCAGGAAAACCAGCCCAGGAGGUGCUCAAGAAGGGCAGGCUGGACCUAGGAAUCCACACCAAGUCCGUGAUUAUCCAACCUCCAGACCCCUUCCAGGAUGAGCUGGAGUGGUCACGCAGCCAGCGCUCAGAUGCCAAGGGGGAGGCACCCAAGGAGACCAAGACUUGGACUUCAUGGGGCCACCUGGAGAAAUCCACACUGGAGGAGGCCCCUCAGGACCCCGAUGCCAAACGUGGGCCUCCGACCGCCCCCAAACCGCGGAAAUUGCCACCAAACAUCAUCCUGAAAACCAGCAGGAGCAGCCCCGUGCCGGAGCAUAACCAGAAGGUAAAAACAGCACCUCCACCCUCAGCCACCUGCCAGGCCAGCCCUGCCAGCGACAGCACUGCUGAGAAGGGCAAUCCAGGCCACCUCGACCCCAAGGAGAAGGAGAAAGCCCGACGGGAGGCCCUGGAGAAGCUGGGACUGUCCCAGGACAGGCGGGAGCCCAGCGCCCACCUCCAUCCCCAGCCCAGGGAGGCACCACAGCCUGGCACAGGGAUCCGCCAGAUCCCCUUCAAAUCCAACACGCUGGAGCGCUCUGGGGUGGGGCUGGGCAGCUCCAUGGGCGGCCCCAAGGAGCAGAACGGGCGCAGCAGCAGCAGCUCCCUGGGCAAGAUGUCCUUCAUCGAGCGCCUGGCGCCCAGCUUCCUCCGCAGCCGGCCCCGGCCCGCCUCCCUCGGGGCUGGGAAGGACUUUGGGGGCCCCAAGGAGCAGGAGGAGAAGGACAAGAGCAGCAAGAGGAGGUCCCACCCUCUGCCCAGCUUCCCCAGGCCGCCGCGCUCCGCUGUCAGCGUGAAGAUCUCGCCCAAAGGCGCGGCCGACGAGAACCGGCGCGAGGCGCUCAAGAAGUUGGGGCUGCUCAAGGAGUAGCUGGUGGGGCUGGUGGAAAAGGGGAUUUUCACCCCAAAUCCAGUGUCCUGUGCAGCAUCUGCUGCCAGAGGUGCUGGGAGCUUCAUAAAGGAAGGCGGCGUGUACAGAAUAUUUUGUAUAUAGCAGGUGUACGUGGGAUAUUUAUACAAAGCAGUUCUCAGCGUGGAUGGGGUGUGUUCUCCUGCAAGGGCUUUAGUGCUUUUGGGGAUCCAUCAAAAAAAGGAGGCUGUGGAAUUUGGGGUUUGGCUUGUUUUCAAAAGGGUUGCCUGUGGAUAAAAGCGUCUCUGGGAAGAACUGCUGGACUUUGCUGCUCUUUUCGGACUUUUUUUGGUUUUUUUUAUUAAUUUUAUCACAGCCUCUGAGAGCUAAGCACUCACCUGCCAUGUGAAAGUGCCUUGCAAAACCAUCACUGCCUGCUGGGUGGGCUGGAGGGCUGCCCAGACUGCAAAGUGCCUUGCAAAACCAUCCCUGCCUCCCUGGCACACUCUGCUCUCCCACCCAGCCCUGACCACCUGCAUCCAGCCCCUGGAAGAGGCUUGAACUGCAGGAAAACACCGCUGAGGAGGCCAGAAGCUGUGCUGGUGUCAGAUCCAGAAGUGCUGCCCAAAAUGGGGCAGAUGCAAGGCUGGGACAGCUCCAGCUCAUCCCUUCUGAGCUGUCCUGGCCCCUCUGAUGCUGCCAACACCUUGCUGCUCACCCUGGGGAACAGAGGUGGCUGAUGUCCCUAAAUAAACCUGUGUGUGACCACAAA